GAAUUAGAAUUACCAGAUGAACAUAAUAAAGAUCCUAAUGAUGGUGAAAAUGUAUUAGAUAUAGAGACUGAUAUAAUAGGCGAAAAUGAUGAUGAAAGUGAUUCUGAUGAUAAUGUUGAAGAAUCACAAAUUCAAGAUCAAUUAGAUCAAUGUAUUGAUCAUCCAGUAGAAAAUAGUAAUGCAAAAUGGGAUUUAAAAAUUAUGUUUAAAGAUAAUUUACAUUGUCCUUUUUAA